AUGGAAGAGGGUAAACAAGAGAAACAGAUAAAACAUUACAGUAGUUCUCAGAGUAUACUUUUAGUGGGUGAGGGUGACUUCUCCUUCGCUGCCUGCUUAGCUAAAAAAUUUGGCUCCGCUGCUAGCAUGAUUGCCACUUCUUUCGACUCCAAAGAAUUGUUGUUCUCUAAGUACUUAAGUGCAAAGAGCAACGUGAAGGAGUUAGAAGACAGGGAUUGCUUAGUACUGCAUGACGUGGACGUCCACACCAUGAGCCAAAACCCUCUCCUGAUUCAUAAACUAUUUGAUCGGAUCGUGUUUAAUUUUCCUCAUGCUGGUUUCUUUCUUCGUGAACAUGACAAGUACCAAAUUGAGCUUCAUCAGAAUUUGGUUAGAAAUUACUUCAAGAGUGCGCAUAAAAUGCUAGCCAACUGUGGAGAGAUUCAUGUGACACACAAGACUGCAUAUCCUUUCAACGAAUGGAAGAUUGUAGAGUUGGCAGAAGAAUUUGGGCUGCAUUUGGUCGAGGAAGCAGAGUUCUCACUAUGUGAUUAUCCAGGUUAUUUAAACAGGAGAGGAAGUGGGAUCAAAUGCUCUAUGGAGUUUCCUGUGGGAAAGUGUAGCACCUUCAAGUUUGCCAAGCAAUCUGCAAAUAAUGACCCUUGA